UUAGCACUAAUCAAGAAAACGCAGCAGGCUAGAAGCUAGUGGUUGAACGUGUGAGACCGCUUGAUGCAGCCAGACUGUUGUCAUAGCUUGUCUGCAGUGCAGCAGUCAGUCGAAGAGCCACUUGUAUUUAGGUCUUUUAGUUGUUAGCAAGCAAAACCCUUGAAGGUUGCAUUUCCUUUGCUGAAAGAUGGGCACGAGAGACGACGAGUACGAUUAUUUGUUUAAAGUGGUGCUGAUUGGUGACUCAGGUGUGGGCAAGAGUAACCUGCUCUCCCGCUUCACCCGCAACGAGUUCAACCUGGAGAGCAAGAGCACCAUCGGGGUGGAGUUCGCCACGCGCAGCAUCCAGGUGGAUGGCAAGACGGUAAAGGCCCAGAUCUGGGACACGGCUGGACAGGAGCGCUACAGGGCCAUCACCUCAGCGUAUUACCGUGGCGCUGUGGGGGCCCUUCUGGUGUACGACAUCGCUAAGCACCUGACCUAUGAAAAUGUGGAGCGCUGGCUGAAGGAGCUGCGGGACCAUGCCGACAGCAACAUCGUCAUCAUGCUGGUGGGCAACAAGAGUGACCUGCGCCACCUCAGGGCGGUGCCCACAGACGAGGCCCGGGCAUUCGCAGAGAAGAAUGGCCUGUCCUUCCUGGAAACAUCGGCCCUGGACUCCACUAACGUCGAGACGGCCUUCCAGACCAUUCUGACAGAAAUCUACCGCAUUGUGUCCCAGAAACAGAUGUCAGACCGCCGAGACAACGACAUGUCUCCUAGCAACAACGUGGUGUCCAUCCAGGUGCAGCCCACUGAGAACAAACCCAAGAUGCAGUGCUGCCAGAGCAUCUAGCAGCCACCCCUUACUCCCACCCCACACACACGACACACGACACACACACACACACACACACACGACACACACACACCAUCCCAGCCCCCCUCUCCUCUGUAAGACUGCUUGGGUGUCUGGCUGCAGCUGUGGUGGCGGGCAGAGGCACUCCGACAGUGUGGCCAGGCCUGAGCGGCUUUGAAGGGUCGCCACCUGCAGUCUCUGGACUGACUGAGCUUUUAAGUUUGGGGCUUUUAGUUAUUAUUAUUAUUAUUAUUAUUAUUAUUAUUAUUAUUAUUAUUAAUAAUAUUUUUUGUCUGUUUUAUUUUCUGCCGUUGUAGGCUUUUUAUAUGGCAAAAUUUUAAUAAUCAUACGUGCUGAUCUUCACGGAAAUGUCUUAAUAUAUAUGAUUUGUUUUUGUUUGUUUGUGUGUGUGUGUGUGUGUGAGUGCGUUUGAGAGUUUUGUUUUAUAUUUUGUUUUCAGCAACAUGUGGUAUUUGUCCAUGCUGUUUGUCUUAUGAGAGGGCAGGCCCUGAUUUGUCUUGUUGAAAGGCCACAGAGUUGGAGAGAUAAGGGGUAGGGAUUCGGCCUUGUCCUGAGUCUCCGCUCUCUCAUUGAUAGUUACUGACCAGCUUUGUUUGGAUGGAUAGCUUAUUCAGUGCUGACAGGAUCUGAUCGGAUGGAUCGAACAACAACAACAACAACAUGCAGAAUCGGUGUGUGUCAGUGUGUGGGCUGAUUGUAAUCCGGGGGGGGGGGUGUUGACCCUGGUAGUUUUUUAAAGACACAUCACGCUUACUUGAUCACGCUUUUGAGAGCUUGAAGUCGAAGGUGUUGGUGGUAGCAGCAGCAGCAGUGAGGGUGGUCUUUGUUCCAUCUGGGAACUGCGUAUGGAAGGGGCUUACAACCCCCCCCAUCCAAGGCUUCCUGCCCAUGCAUGUGGAAGGGUUUACACCCCAUCCAAGGCUUUCUUGCCCAUGCGUGUGGAAGGGUUUACCCCCCAUCCAAGGCUUCUUGUCUCAGCUUCGCCUCACUUGGUGGGUCAUAUGCGUGUCUACGUACUCGGCGUGUGGCGGCAGUGGUUUCAGUGCCUUUCUCUACGGAAUGUCACAAGGGGACGAGGCCUUCUGAUUCAGCUCUAGGGCUUCGCUUACCGCAGGUUCCCUACUCUGCUUAUCCCAAUUCCACCCACACACCCACACACACACACACCCACACACACACCCCCUCUCUCUGGCCUUCCUCCCUUCCUCCCUCCCUCUCUCUCUCUCUCUCUCUCUCUCUCUCUCUCUCUCUCUCUCUCUCUCUCUCUCUCUCUCUCUCUCUCGGUCUCUCUCUGUCUCCAACCUCAGCAUGCUCACCUUAUAUCUUGAUGCCUUCAUCUGUUCCAUAUUCUCUCCAUCUCUUUAUCUCUCCAUCUGGAUGCCGUAGUUCCCCAUUAUGGUGUUGCCUCUGCUAUUUGAGAUGCAUUUGCACAGAGAGCCCCUCGUGUGCUUAGUUUAGUACUGGAAGCAGCCCCCUCUUAACUCCACUCGAAACUUGCUUGAUUUUCAUCGUUACUGAGUGAUUAACGUCAGCCUUGUUUCCUCCCAUCUUUACUGGAACCCCCUCGUGUGUGUGUGUGUGUGUGUGUGUGUGUGUGUGUGUCAGUCUGUUUGCAAUAUCAAAGCCUUGAGAUAAUGUCCGUCCUGACUAGUUUGUACUUCAGUCACUGAGGUAGAACACUAGCUAACAAAUACACACCCAGCCCUUUUUAUUUGCAGUGCCAAUGGACCAUUAAGAGCAUUCAUGUAUGUAUUUAUGUAUGUAUGUAUGUACAUAUGUAUGUAUAUACGUACUGUAGCAUAGUUGAGCAACACGUUGUAGUCUCUGUGCUGUUGCCCAAUGUAUAGUCACAUCCUCCUGAGUAUGCCUUAGCAGACGACUAGGUCACUAGGACACUCAAGACCAAUGCUGACCAAAUCUGGCCCAGUCUCAACACACGCGCUCACACCCUUGCAACCUUCUACACCUCUUAAUGAAAGGAGUUUGGAGUGGUGAAAGAAUGAAGGCAGAAUGAAACGUCUUGUUGUCCAGCCUUUUACACAAAAAUAGCACCUUGUAAAGGUGCACUGCAUGAGGGUGCAAGUGUGGGCAUUGGGAUUGGGCCAGGACGUGCUGUGGUCAGGUGACUGAUGGGAAGUCCAAGGCUGCAGACCUGUGUACAACUCUGAAUCCACCCCCGACACAGACACACGGCCUUGGUCUUCCCACUGACUUCAGAAACGAGAGGCUUUACAGAACAGCACUACAGUGAUGACUGUCUUAUUUUAAACCUGUGUCUUCGUAUUUAUCCAGUGUCCUCUUCACUUCAGCUAUAAUGUAUUGUAUUAUGGAUCCUCUCCACUUAGAAUUAUGAAUUAGCUUCAAAUGUACCACUUGAAUUGUUUUCAAUAAUAGUACCCUGUAUUAUAAACAACGGUUUUGUCAUGAUUUCUUAAGUUUAUUAUCUAUCAUUUCUAAAUCAUGCAUUCCUUUGUAACUAGCUUAGCAAAAUGCCACUGUCAUGUGACUAACAGCUCUUUUUAAUGGUGGAGUUGUCCCAACCUAAAAACAACAACCUCCAUCUGACGGUGGAUGUUAUCUGUGAUGACUGAACCAGUUCUGAGUUAUGCGUUCCUGCCUGCCUGAAAGAUGUCAUGCAGCAGGCAUGAAGUGCUUUUAUAUAUCGGCCUUAGAGAGCCAUUCUUGCCCAACGCCCCUUUCCUCUCCCGCCUUUUCCCAAAAGGCUAAGGUCCAGAGUUCAGUUUCAUUAAUGGCUCAUUAAGGGCAGUUUUCAAACAAACUGAAAAAAGUGCUUCCUUGUACCGAUACUCACAUUAAAUAGCACUAAACAUUGUUCGAGAAUAAGACUGACUCUCUUGAGAUUAAGAAUAUCUGUGGUAUAGUCCUGGUGAAAACGUUAAGUGUUUUAGGUGGUGUUGGCAUCGACGUGACUUGGGCAGAACCACUAGGCACAGUUUGGACACGUCAGGCAAGCGUAUGAUUGUAAGCCUCGGGUGUGUCUCUUGGGAAGGCUAAGGCAAAUCCAUUUGAAUGUAUGUCUGACCUGAAGAUCAUCGCACCCUUAGACCCCCUGGAGGCUCGUAACAAGCUGUGAGAACGGUGCGUCCUGUUGUCGUUGUUCCACCUCUGUGUUGGCAGGGCUUUGCUACAGGCAGAUGGUCACAGGAGAACCUUGAUAGUGGAACAUGUGGAUUCUACAGGGUGUUGAGCUGCCUGUGGUGGGCAGUGCUGGUGAUGGGAUUGGGGGGGGGGGGGGCACAGAUGGCAUUGUCUCACCCUGUUCUGCCCAGACUACUGCAGACCGCCUCGGUGUGUCCAAACUAGUUUAUUUUCAUUUUGUUAUGCUGUGAUUGUCAAAUGAUCUUUCACAUAUUGCCUCUGAAACGAUUAUUUUGUUAUAUUUUUAUUGCGUUUGUUUUACGUUUGCGCUGUGAUUUCUUUUUUCAUUUCUACUGUUAUGAUUAUACUAUUUACUCUCUUCACUGUAAUUCCAAUUUAAAAGUGCAAAUAAAAGAAAAGACUUCAAAUGGAA